UCCCGUAGUGAGGCGACGGAGCCAGCACCAAUCCGCGCGCUGCGCCCUGGUCCGCGUUCGCCGCCCCGCCGGGCCCCGGGGCCGGACGCUUUGUCUUCCGCCGGCACGCGGCGGCCAUGGCCGCCAGGCAGUUCCAGGCUUUGGCGGGGGCCGCGUUCGGGAGGCAACCUCCCACCACCCAGCCACCACAACCUCUGUGGCUCAGAGCAGGGGUCCAACAGCACCAGAACUUAACCCUCUGCUCCACUUCCGAAGGAGACCGCAGCGGUUCCAGGCCUGGAUCGCAAAACAGGCCGGAAGACGCGGUGAGACGUUCGGCAAGCGAAGAGUUAACCGAGGCGGAGCUACGGAUCGCGGAACUGCAUUCUGCCGCCUGCGCGGCUGGCCAACUAAACUAUGUGGAUCCAGCUACUGGCUUUGUGGUGCUCACACAGCUUGCCCACUUGCAGAGAGGUGAAUGCUGUGGCUCUGCCUGCAGACACUGUCCAUAUGGUCAAGCCAAUGUUAAAGAUCCAUCUAAAAAGAAGCAAUUCAAUUCAUAUUUUUAUGUUUGAUAAUUAUGUCUGUUCUUAUUUAAUUGAACCUGUAUUUUUAAAAUAAAACUCUCAUCAAGUAUUGUUCUCUGUAUUAUCAGUACUUGAGCACUGGUUUUAAUCUUAAGUGUAUAUAUUAAAACAACAAUAAAAUAAAAAGCUAGCAAGUGUUUGCAUGUU